AUGAAGUCCUCUCUGUCUCAGACUCUGUGUCCAGAGUGUGAUGAAGUCCUCUCUGUCUCAGACUCUGUGCGGCUGGUUGGAGGCUCUGGUCUCUGCUCUGGAUCACUGCAGAUAUGGGACCAGUCCUGGAUCUCGGUCUGUGAAGGGGCCUUGGACCUGCGGGGAGCAGAGGUGCUGUGCAGGGAGCUGGGCUGCAGGGGUCCUUCUGUCCUCCAGGGGGAGCUCUCUUCUCUGGGGCAGACGUUCCACUGUGAAGGCCAUGAGUCUGCUCUGGUGGACUGUCCCCGCUCCAGACCCAAGACCUGUCCCUCUGGACCCAGUGAGGACGUCAUCUGCUCAGAGCCGCUCAGGCUGGAGGGAGGAGCCAGCCGCUGUGCUGGGAUCCUGGAGCUCAGACACAGAGGAGAGUGGAGACGAGUGGAGCCUAAUGACGCCUGGCCCCUGGAGCAGACAGCAGCUGUGUGCAGAGACCUGGACUGUGGGUCUGCUGUUUAUGGGACACAGGUGGAUGAUUUACCACAGAGUCCUGUGUGGAGGGUCUCAGGGUCCUGUGUGAGGAGGUCUCCAGUGAGAGACUGUGCUGUGCCCCAUCCCUCCUCCUCCUCGUCGUCCUAUGGUCUGAAGGUGAAGUGUUCAGGUGAGAGUCUGAGUCUGAACUAA